UGUUGGCUGUCCCAGCAUCAACUGAUAUUGCCACUGCUAAACUAAACCAGAUCAUGUAUCAGCAUAUACAAAGCAUUACCUGCACGUUGAUAAUUAAAAAAACAAAAACAAAACCACAAAAAAAAACCCCUAAAACAAGUCUUUUCUAUUUCACAAGUCGAAUAUUGAUAAACUUAACUGGUUAAUCUUUAACCUUUUGCAUACUGGAUAAUCACCAUGUGUUUAACACAAUGAGGAUUGGCCAGUUUUAAUGGGGUUGAGAAGGAGGCCACUUUGGAGUGUUGUGCUUAAAAGCAAUAUCGUUUUGGCUGCUGGAAGGUGAGGCUGAGUCAAGACUCUUAUCUGUUGUAACUCUCACCUGGCUCUGCCUCCCACUGCCAGUAACCUUGCUCAUUUUCUGGCCUGCCCUUCUUAUCUGCCUUAAUUACUCCCAGUGCCAGUUUCCAAAUCAACUUCAGGCUACAAGGCAGCGUACCUGUGGAGGGCAGGCAGGAAGUGGAGGGAAUUAGAGCAGAAAUCUGGCAACACAAGAAAACAGGCCUGAUAGUGUGAAUAUCGUCCUUCUGGGGAAGGACUUGUUGCUAGGAAGAGUUAGAAGGGAGAAUUGGAAAAGCAGUGGUGGGCUCCUGUUUGGGAGUGAGGGUGGAGGCUGAAUGGACUUGGUUUCUGUUUAGGACCCUCAAGAUGCUUGCCCUGAGGGCCCUAAACCCAGAUUUUCAAAGGCAUUUAGGUGCCAAAAUAGCAUUGAAAAUCUGGCCCUGAGGAUUAAAGGAGACAAGCAAUGAUAUAUUUAUUUACAAAUCUUAAAUAUAAGACAAAGGGGUUACAUUCUUCCUUUCUCCCUUCCCACCCAAACCAAAAAUGUUUAAGAAACAUCUCUUCAGACACACUAAUAAAAUAUGACUCCAUUUAUUGGAAGGCCAAACCUAUCUUACAUAAUGUCCAAUGAUUUGUGCUAUGAAAACUUGCCAAGGAUUUUCUAGCACCACCUUGUGUUUUUGAGAGAACUUCAGAUCAACAUGGAACAGCUGACUGAGAUUGGGGAUUUUGAUGAAUCUGUGGAUCGUGAUCACCUUAAAACAAACCAAUACUUGCCAAACCAGGAAAGACUACAAGGAAAGAUACUGGAGUUUCACAGGAAGCACUUGAGGGGCCAAACUCCUGCUGAGUCAGAUUUCCAGGUGCUUGAAAUUGCUCGGAAACUGGAGAUGUAUGGCAUUAGAUUUCACCUUGCAUCUGACCGUGAGGGGUCGAAAAUUAACCUGGCUGUUUCACACAUGGGCAUACUAGUAUUCCAGGGUACCACAAAAAUCAACACCUUCAACUGGUCUAAAGUCCGUAAAUUAAGCUUCAAGAGAAAAAGAUUUCUUAUCAAGCUCCACCCAGAAGUCCAUGGUCCAUAUCAGGAUACGCUGGAGUUUCUGUUUGGCAGUAGGGAUGAGUGUAAAAACUUCUGGAAAAUCUGUGUGGAAUAUCACACUUUCUUCAGGUUGUUUGAUCAACCAAAACCAAAGGCUAAAGCAGUCUUCUUCAGCAGAGGGUCUUCAUUCAGAUACAGUGGACGAACACAGAAACAGCUGGUGGAUUAUGUUAAAGACAGUGGGAUGAAGAAAACUCCCUAUGAAAGGAGGCACAGCAAAGCUAGAGUGUUUGCUCGCACUUCGAACACAGAUGUGCCAAAACAGAGUGUCUCAUUUACCGAGGGCUUAGGUGCUCCUGAAUCCGAUGCCUCAGUAUCUGCCUCCUUCCAUUCAGUUUAUACAUCAUUCACUACCACUACUGACCUGCCCAUCUGUACAGAGACGAAUCGUUCCUUCUUGGACCCCAGAGCACCGUACACGAGGAGCCCAACAACAGAAAAGAGUAUUGCAACACCAUCUGAAGAAACUGGGAAGAAAGCAACACAGCAGCCUGGAUCUCCCAUACUCCAAUCAUUCCAAGGUGUUGGGUUUUGUAAUGUUGUAGGAAACUGCAGCCUCACUUGUCCUGGUGUUGAGAAUAGUUGUGGUUUAGAUCUAGAAAUAGAGAAGGGUAACAAGGAGAGCAGGGUUAUCUGUAAAAAUGACAAUGAUGAGGAUGACUGUACCACAGGUGUUUUUAUUGCUGAUAAAAAGCAUCAGUAUUGUGGUAGGGGUGACCCUCUUUUCACAUUGACAAAUUCCCAGCUGCAGGUUUCAGAAGAAUUUAUUGAUGAUGACCCAACAGAAAUCUCCUUUUUUGCUGGGGGAUCUGAGGCAUUUUCAUAUGUGUACAGUGGCUUAGACCUAAUAGGGUCUGAUUUAUCUAGGCAUGCAUCAGAUUCAACUAAACUAACUAAGGAUGUUCUUCAGCAAAAUAUGGUGUCUUCUCAGUCAAGCCCUGACAGAUACUCCACAGAAGCAGUAGAUAUGAACAUGGAAGAUGAAUUUGAAUUUGAAGAAGGGAGUGAUUUCAAUGGCAAUGAGAGAACAUCAGAUACAUCGGAAUUGUUUGAGGUUAAAGCACAAGCAAGCAGAAUGCAAAGACUUUUGAGUCCUUCUGAAACCAGUUCACUCAUAAACAACCGUUCUGAAAGCAGUUCCCUCAAUAAUUUGCCACUGAAUGGUACAUCAUCCUUUCACACAUAUAGCUCUGCUAAUCAUUCUGAAGCUAGUUCUAUGGUGAACUUCCCAGCCUACUCGGUUCGCUCUGAAUCCAGCUCAGCCUUUCAGUUCACUGACAUCAUUGACCAGUUGGAGCAGCUGAGCUAUCCACUUACGACUACAGAAGACUCUACCAGUACAGAUACAGAUUCCUGGGAUUCGGAAGGUGCAGCUCCAAUGGAUAUAAGCCACUUCUUCAGCAAUCCCUUUGUUCAAGCAACUGGCCUCUCAAUGGACCACCCUCAGCUCUCUUCCUUCACAUUGAAGAGUCCACAGAGCUUGAACCCCACAUUUCAGGUGAAUUUGAACCCAGCUGGCCAGGGUUCAUCUCCUCUUCUGAGUCCUGUCCUGAGCGAUGCUGGCAGUGCCCGGGUAGAAGAGGAAGAGGAAGUAAAACGCAAGCAAUGUCCAACAGACAAGGUGUAUUUCAUAGCAAAGGAGAUUCUUGCUACUGAACGGACAUAUGUGAAAGACCUAGAAGUUAUUACAGUAUGGUUCCGCAGUGCAGUCAUCAAGGAGAACGCCAUGCCUGAAGGUCUGAUGACACUGCUCUUCUCUAACAUAGAUCCAAUCUAUGAGUUUCACCGAAGUUUCCUGAAAGAAAUGGAGCAGAGGCUAGCACUCUGGGAAGGACGAUCCAACGCUUAUGUGAAAGGAGAUUGUCAACGGAUUGGAGAUGUCAUGCUGAGGAACAUGUGCAUGCUGAAGGAGUUUACCAGCUACUUGCAGAAACAUGAUGAGGUCCUGACAGAACUGGAGAAAGCAACUAAGCGCUUAAAGAAACUGGAAAUGGUUUAUAAGGAGUUUGAAUUGCAGAAGGUUUGCUAUCUGCCACUCAACACUUUCCUGCUCAAGCCCAUCCAGAGGCUGAUACACUACAAGCUGAUCCUGGGGAGACUUUGCAAGCAUUACACAGUAGAACACCAGGACUAUGCCGACUGCAGGAAUGCACUGAAGGAGGUUACAGAGAUGACAACUCAGCUCCAAAACAGCCUGAUCCACCUGGAGAAUUUCCAGAAGCUGACAGAGCUACAACAUGACUUGAUUGGCAUUGAUAACCUCAUAGCACCUGACAGAGAAUUUAUCCGGGAGGGUUGCUUGUACAAGCUCACUAAAAAAGGUUUACAGCAGAGGAUGUUCUUUCUGUUCUCAGAUAUGCUGCUGUACACAAGCAAAGGAGUCACGGGUACCAAUCAGUUCAAAAUUCAUGGAUACCUCCCUCUGCAUGGCAUGCUGUUAAUAGUGCUGGAUCCUCCGGUGGAAGAGAGCGAGAAUGAAUGGUCUGUCCCACACUGCUUCACAAUCUAUUCAGCUCAGAAAACCAUAGUAGUGGCAGCAAGUACCCGUCAGGAGAUGGGGAAGUGGAUGGAAGACCUUAACAUGGCGAUUGAAAUGGCCAAAAAAUCUAGUGAGAAAUAUGACACGUUUUUGGAAAGCUCCAUGUAUAAUCGUUCUAACAGAUCCUCUGAUGAGGUCUCUCUAGAGCAGGAAUCUGAAGAUGACAUACAGUCUUCUCGUAGCUCCCUGGACAGGCAGAGCCACCACCGUGCCAACACUACAAUGCACGUGUGCUGGUACCGCAACACCAGUGUCUCCAUGACUGACCACACUGUGGCCGUUGAGAAUCAGCUUUCAGGGUACCUGCUGAGGAAAUUCAAAAAUAGUAAUGGCUGGCAAAAGCUCUGGGUUGUCUUCACCAACUUCUGUUUGUUCUUCUACAAAACUCACCAGGAUGAUUAUCCGUUGGCCAGUCUCCCACUACUUGGCUACACAGUCAGCACCCCAGUGGAGGCAGAUGGCAUUCAGAAGGAUUAUGUCUUCAAGUUGCAGUUCAAGUCCCAUGUAUAUUUCUUCAGGGCAGAGAGCAAGUACACCUUUGAGAGGUGGAUGGAAGUGAUUAAGAGAGCCACAGAUUCUCCAGGGAGAUCGAGCCUGUUGAUUCCCAUGGAUGAAAAGGAUAUUCACACAAACUGAAGGGGGCAGAGCUGGGUCUCUGCUGUCGACAUCUGUAGUGAGGGGGGAUGGAACCAGGAGUGAGGGGUUGAUAAAGCAGUAACAUGAGAUGCUUGUUUCCACCUGGUGUGGAAGUUAGAUGAACAAGGGGAGUGAUGAAGUGGGGUCACAUCAGGUUAGACUGGACUAGAAGAUGUAAAGUCUGCUACAGUCAAAGCUAACUGGAGAGGUAAUGAACCUUAACAAUGGCUGCAAAAUUCCCACUCUGUAGGAAUCCCAUGGUUUGCUGUGUGCGAGAAUUAGGUUCCAGUUACGGGUUCUGUAUGGUAUACAAUGGCAUGUUCUGAUGGAAACAGAUGACCAUGUUCAUUGUGAUUGGGUGUGUCAGUUGUGUUUCUUGGUCCGUAACUGCAGAUAUCAGGCUUUCUGGCUGCCAGGAGUUCCCUUCUGACACUUAGUGUUGCUAAACCUCUGGACUGUCAGCUGCUGUAGCUUCAACCUGCUGGCCGCAAACUUCUUGGACUAACUGAGGAUCUGCAGAUGUACCCAGCCGGAAGGCCUGAAUUCACUUUAAUUUCAAACAGAAAAUACAGCUGCUGUAGAAUUACGGAGCUCUUCAGCAAAUUGCCAUGGCAACAACUUCACUUUUUUGUGGGGGUGGGGGGAAAUGGGGAGAACAUGAAGCUUUUAGUUUUAUAGGUGUCACAUUUUACAGCUUGGAGCAGGAGACCUGUAUGAGAGAACACACAUGGUUUCCUUAGAGCUCAGAGCCUGCUCUGCUGCAUGCUGAGAGGGGCCUACCAGACAUAGUUAUUAUACCUCCAGAGUCCUCUGCAUCCCUCAUGGAGGGGCGGGCUCCUCUUACAAACCCUUUAAUCACCCUCCGCUAGUGACGCAUUAUUUAAGGCAGGGAUGGCCAAAGUACUAACCAAAACAUCCUCCAAUGCAAUAUGUUGCUGCUCUUGAGUGGUAUUUUCAAAGGUUCCUAAGUGAUGUAGGAGUAUAAGCCACAUUGAAAGUCACUGAUACUUGUGUUCCUAUGCUACUUAGGUGUGUUUGAAAAUCCCAGCCCUUAUCUCUCUGGAGGUGCCAUCCAUCUUCAGUUUUAACACGGUGUGACAGUCACUUGCAUCAAGGUGGAGCAUUAUACCCUGGCACCUGCUCUCUGUGGGUUGUGCCACCAUAUUCAAGAUAAAAAUAGUUUCAAUCUGCCCCACUUCCUGCAGAUUUGCUGUUUCCUGUGGCUGCUGUGCAAUGCAGCACUUGGUUGGGCAAAUUAUGGAUGCCCCUGAUAUGAAGACUGGUAAAGUUGUAAUAAGCUAAAAGUAAUAAAUGCUGCUGAUAGGUAACAUGGCUUAAAGGGGAUGAUUUAUAUUUCAGGUGGAAAAAUAUUUGUGUCAGGGAAGAAACAAGGUGUUAGAGAUUGAUAAGAAAGUGCUGUGUGUUGCGAGGAUGGCAGAAACAAGAGGAAAGCAGACACCUAUGGAACAUGGGAGGUGCAGGGGCUUGCAUGUGCAACUGUUUCCCUUGAGAGAGAGAGACUCCUGAGUUGUGUUGGUUCGAAGUCUUAUAUAUGCUGGAUGGGAAAGGACUAGGAUCCCAGAUAGAGGAUUCUAGGUAGAAGAUUUCAUGACCUUUCACUUGGCACCUUCUCCCAUAAAGAAGCAGAGACUGGAUCAGUGCAUCAUAAUAACUGUUGUCCAUUGUAAGUUAGAUGUACUUUUUAAAAUUUAUUAGUGUCUUUAACUAAAAUGUAGAUGUAUAAAUGUGUGUUUCUUAGCCAUUUCAGCUGUAACCUAGCUGAGUGAAAAUGUCAUGGUGUUGGAAAUAAACAGCUGCUCAGUGUUAA